CCACCCGAGGAGGCGCGGUGCCACCCACUGCUCUGUGCCCUGCCCGAGCUGAGCGCCCUCCCGCCCGGGGCAGAACCUUCCCCCUGCUCUCCGACGGCACGAGCCUGUCUUCCCGUCCCUGUCCUCCACUCUCUGUCUCCCCGUGUGCUCUCUCUGUCUCCCUCUCUCUCUCUGCGGGGUGGGAGGAGGCAUUCCUUUCCAGCCUAGCCUUUCAAGGGACACACUUUCCUCCCAGCCUCUUUCCCCCCUUUCCCAGCUGCCAGCCGAGCGCGGCCCCAGCACCCGCAGCUCCCGGUCCUCAGUGGCGAGGGGAGCCCUCUCCACCUUCCACUCUCCCUCUCCCCCGCUUCCCGCCUCCCCUCGCUACCUCCACCUCCACCUCCGCCACCCACCGCCCGCAGCGCCUCCUCCUCCUCCUCCUCCUCCUCUCCUCCUCCUCCCCUCUCUCUCUCUUUUUGGCAGCCGCUGGACGUCCGGUGUUGAUGGUGGCAGAGGCGGCAGCCUGAGCAGCCGCAGCCGCAGCCGCAGCCCUCCGCGCGCGCCAGCUCUUCGCCGCCCCUGCCCUCUCCGGCCCUUCUCCAGCCCGUCUCCCCGAAAGGUGCCGGGCGGACCCGGGGCCGCGGAGGCCGAGCGGCGGCGGAGGCGGCGGCUGUAGCGGAGGCGGCGGCGGCGGCGGCGGGAGGCAGGAUGAGCGCACGCGGCGAAGGCGCCGGGCAGCCGUCCACUUCAGCCCAGGGACAACCUGCCGCCCCAGCGCCCCAGAAGCGAGGACGCGGCCGACCCAGGAAGCAGCAGCAAGAGCCAACCUGUGAACCCUCUCCUAAGAGACCCAGGGGAAGACCCAAAGGCAGCAAAAACAAGAGUCCCUCCAAAGCAGCUCAGAAGAAAGCAGAGACCAUUGGAGAAAAACGGCCUAGAGGCAGACCCAGGAAAUGGCCACAACAAGUCGUUCAGAAGAAGCCUGCUCAGGAGACCGAAGAGACAUCCUCGCAAGAGUCUGCCGAGGAGGAUUAGGGGGCGCCGACAUUCGAAUUCUACCUCACCAUCAGUUGGAUCUUUCGAAGGGAGAAGACACUGCAGUGACCACUUACUCUCUACUGCCACGGUCUUUCCACUUUCUGCGGGGUGGGGCAGGGGCGGGACUGGGCGAGGGGCGGGGGCGGGGCGGGAGAACUCACAUAACCUUGAAAAGGACUAUAUUAAUCACUUUCUUUGUAAUCCCUUCACAGUCCCAGGUUUAGUGACAAACUGCUGUAAACACGGGGGACACAGUUUAACAAUGCAACUUUUAAUGACUGUUUUCUUUUUCCUUUAACCUACUAAUAGUUUGUGGAUCUGAUAAGCAGGAGCGGGGUGGUUGGGAGAAACUCUGGUGGGCUUAAUCAGUCACUGCGUGCAAACCCUAAACCGGCACCCUGGUGACAGGGAGCAUUCGUAUAAGAAAAGCACUGUAUGUGAUCCGGCUCACCCAGAUGCCGCUCCACCCUGAUCAUAGGAAAUCUUUUACUUAGAACACCAAAGAUAAGGGCUAGACACUACUCUCCUUUGUGUAUAAUCUUGUAGACACUUACUUGAUGAUUUUUUUUUCUUUUUAAUUCUGAAUGAAAAUGCUGGUGUAUCUUUUCGUACAGCUAGCAAACCAGAAUAGGUUACGCUCAUUUUUCAAAAAGGGAAGUAAGCAGAUAAUAAACGUUGACUCCUAUGUUGAUGGGCUCUCUCUCACACACACACACACACACACACAGCGGCAGGAAACCCGCAAGCUCUCUUUCCCUCUUCGGGAGAUCUACACAGCUGAAAGCCACUCAGCAAUAAGUGACACUUGUCAGCCUCGAAGCAUCCAAGAUAACUAGACAAGUAAAAUUAUCCUUUUUCCUUUUUUUUUUUUUUUUUUUUUUUUUUGGAACUUAAUGAAAAGGUACAAUACCUGAUUAACUCACCCAAGCGAUGAGGUGGGAGGAGCGAAAUAUACAUUUCUUUUGCUAUAUAGUUAAAAGAAAAUAUUUUUAAAAAGCAAAAAAAAAAAAGCUCUCGCUCGCUCUCUCUCCUCUUUUUCCUCUCCCCCUUCUCUCCCUUGCCUCUCUCUGUUCUCUGUUCUCCUUGUGUACCAGUUUCCGUGAAAGACCGCAAUACCACUUACCUCAAACGAAGCCUGUGCGUUACUUCAGGUAACGCAUUUCGUUUUGACAUAAGGUGGCUGGCCAAGGUGCAUUGUCUUGGUUCAGCCUGCCGUCUCUGCAUUCGAGCUGCACUUUUCGCCAGAGAUGCAAUAAUGAACCCCCACUACUCAAUACUACCUCUGAAUGCUACAGUGACUCCACAGUCCUGCACUCGUUACACGCUGCUAGACAUGAGCCCUGCAAGAGAGAAAAAGCAACACUUACUGUGUAGGCCCCUCCACCGCCUCCCGUUCUCUGUCAUCCCUGUCAAAGAAGCGCCCUCACCCCGUCUCAGCGUGACUAUGCAUGUUUCUAGGAUUUUUUUUUUUUAAUUAUAAUCUUACAGAUGCUUGUCGCAGCUUCCCUGCUAGAUUGCUACAUUAAUUUGAAACAGUUUUGUUUUUGUUUUUUUUUUUCUUUAACAAAGUCGCUCCUAGGUUCUUAAGGAUAAUUUUCUUCAGUGACACUACAUUGUAUUACACACACACACACACACACACACACACACACGUUUGUAGUGUUCAAAUAUUACUCUUCAAGUCUGUACCUCAAAUGAAUUGUUGAAAGAAAUGGACUAAUUGACUUGCAAGGACCUACCUCCAGACUCCAACAGGAACGAACUUGUAGCCUGCAGCAUUUUUUGAUUUUCUUCCUCCAGUGUUUGAAAUAGUUCAGACUUCACCUAUCCCUCAUGAAAACUAUUUUUGUAAAAGACACUUGAUUGAAAAGAACACAUUUUUACAUACUUUUGCAAAAUAAAUAAAUAAAUGAAUGAAUAAAAUCAAGCCAACCUUCAAAGAAACUUGAAACUUUGUAGGUGAGCUACAACCAGCUCAGCUUUUGCCUAAUGCAAUCAGAAAGGAAAAAAAAAAAAAAGAUAGGUUUUUAAGAUUAGUUGCCUAUAAGAAUAUGCUUGACAGAUAUUUUCAUGUAUUUUACACAAUGUGAUUUUUGUAAAACGUCUCGAGCAGAUUUAUUUUGAACGCUUCUUUUGUAGAGUGUUUAUGCCUUUCUCUUCUAAUGAGUGUGCUGAUUUUUCCACGGUGUUAAUCCACUGGGCCAGGAGGUAGUUCCUCAUCCUAACUAGUGUCAGUAUGCCUUCUAAUACUGAAGCCAAAUGAAACAAACAAACAACUAUCUCUCUUCAGCCAUUUCAGGGAGGUCAUUUCAAAAGGCCACAUACCUCUCUGAAACGGGCAGAUCGCUCACCGUUCGUGAGUCAUCAAAGGAGCUAUGGAGAAAAUUAAGACUCAAUGUGACUCUUAACUGUGCAUUACUUAAAUAAGCAAAUAAACAGUAGCUCACAAAAAUGAAAUUCCCAUUCCGUAUCUUCAGAUGGGCCUUUUAGAAACCUCAUUGGCCGGCUCAUAAAAAGUGAAGCAGUUUCUCAUGUUGGCCGGACUCGGCACGCUGAGUGAGUUCCACCUUUGAUGAAGUUUAUUCUUUAUUUCCUGUAUGUUGUACAAUCAAAACACACUACUACCUCUUAAGUCCCAGUAUACCUCAUUUUUCAUACUGAAAAAAAAAAAAAAGAAAAAAAAAGGCUUGUGUCCAAUGGAACAGUGAGAACAUCAUAAAAUUUUUAUAUAUAUAGUUUAUUUUUGUGGGAGAUAAAUUUUAUAAGACUGUUUUUUACUGUUGUUGGUCACGGCUAAGUAAGACUGGACAUCUGACUUCUCUACCAUUUCUGCAAAUCAGGUUAUGUUUGCAGGAGAAACGUAUCAAGACGAUUAGCUGCAGUCGACAUUCUCCCCUUUCCUUUGCGCGUCCUCUGACUUUAUUCUCUGUUCCUCGCGUAGAAUCGCUGUCUGUGCUUGUACUUGGAUGGCUUGCUUGUGGCAAUACUUCUCUAGUGGAUGAUCACUGUCUGCACAAUAAACAUAACGGCCUCUGUGGUCCCCGUGUCUGUGUCCGGGUUCUUAUUCUUUGUCAUAAUUCCAUGAAGUCAAUAAUCAGGGCAAGAUGGGAGACAUUCGAAGUCCAUCUAGUCUACGCCGGAAUGUACUGCACACGGUGGCUUGGAGCGUGGUUUAAAGGAUGGUUCUCUUACAUGAUCACCGGCCUGAACUUAGCUGGACGGCCUGACCUGGAAUUCCAACAAACAAACAAACAAAACAAAACAAAACAGCUGAGGAGUAUAAAGGAAGAAUAGGCCGUAGUUUAAAACCACAAAAAGCUGGAUCUUUGAGUUGGAAAGACUCGGGGAAAGCACUUGUUGCUUUUGCAGAGAACCUGUUUCCAGAAACCACGUGGCAGCUCACAACCAUCUGUAACUCUAAUUCUAGGGGAUCCAGUGCUGUUUCCUGGCCUGCUCUGGCUCCAGCCAUGCAUGCGAGACCAUACCAACAUUCGGGAAAACACCCACACACAUAACAUUUUAAAAACAUGCAGAGUAGUGCAUGCCUGUAAAGCCAGCCUGGGGGUAGGAGUAGGGCACAGAGACAGGCCGAUUCCUAAAGCUCGUUGGCCAGCCAGCCGCUCCAGAUCAGUGAGCCUCAGGUUCCUUGAGAGACCUUGUCUCAAGGAGACAGUGUGGAGGGGCUGAAGAGAUGGCUCGGAGGUUAACAAAACUGGCUGGCCUCUCCAGAGGAGCUGAAUUCAAUCUCCAGCACCCAUGCGGCAGCUCACAUCUAUAACUCCAGUUCUAAGGGAUCUGACACCAUUUUCUGACCUCUGCGUGCAUCAGGGAUGCAAGUGGUGCACAGAUAUAUAAGCAGACAGAACAUCCAUCUAUAGAAAAUAAUUUAUAGUGUUUAAAUAAAAUAAGUAGACAAUUUGGUGAAGAAGAUAAAGACCUCUGACAUCCAUCCUGCGCCUCUAAAUGCAUGCACAUGUGCACACAUAUUUUUACCCACAUGCACACAUCACACACUUAGACAAUGCGACAUGCCCCCCAUACCCCCAGGCACUCACCCCAAGUAAUAAUAAUGAUAUAAUAAUAAUAGUAGUAGUAGUAAAAGAAAAUAGGAACUAGCGUCCCCAACUGUCUUUGAAAUAACAUUUGGAGAAACCUACAGAGGGUUAAUGACAUAAAUAAAAAACAAGAGCCACAAAGGUUCCCACAAUAGUUUUGUGACUAUUUAAAAAAAAAUAGUAGAUUAGCAGAACCAGAAUGCUUCC